CUGGGACGGUGGUGGUGGGUCUGGGUGCCGGGUAGCCGUCCAGGAUGAUUAAAAAAUUCGACAAGAAGGACGAGGAGUCCGGCAGUGGCUCCAGUCCCUUCCAACACCUGGAGAAGAGCACGGUCUUGCAGGAGGCUCGUUUGUUCAAUGAAACUCCCAUCAACCCAAGAAGAUGUUUACAUAUUCUUACAAAGAUCCUUUACUUACUGAACCAGGGUGAAUACUUCGGAACCACGGAAGCCACGGAAGCCUUCUUCGCCAUGACCCGAUUGUUUCAGUCAAAUGACCAAACACUGAGGAGAAUGUGUUAUCUUACGAUCAAAGAAAUGGCCACCAUCUCUGAGGAUGUGAUCAUUGUCACGAGCAGUCUGACUAAAGACAUGACUGGAAAGGAAGAUGUGUACCGUGGCCCCGCCAUCAGGGCUCUCUGCAGAAUCACUGACGGAACAAUGUUGCAAGCUAUUGAACGCUAUAUGAAGCAGGCCAUUGUGGAUAAAGUGCCCAGUGUGUCCAGCUCAGCACUGGUGUCCUCCUUGCACAUGAUGAAGAUAAGCUACGACGUGGUGAAACGCUGGAUCAAUGAAGCCCAGGAAGCAGCUUCAAGCGACAGCAUCAUGGUCCAGUACCACGCACUGGGAGUUCUGUAUCACCUUAGGAAGAAUGAUCGCCUUGCUGUUUCCAAGAUGCUGAACAAGUUUACUAAGUCUGGCCUCAAGUCACAGUUUGCUUAUUGCAUGCUGAUCCGAAUCGCCAGUCGCCUACUGAGAGAAGCUGAGGAUGGCCAUGAAAGUCCGCUUUUUGAUUUCAUCGAGAGCUGCUUGCGAAAUAAACAUGAAAUGGUUAUUUACGAGGCUGCCUCUGCUAUCACCCAUCUGCCUAACUGCACGGCCAGGGAGCUGGCGCCCGCUGUGUCAGUUCUUCAGCUUUUCUGUAGCUCUCCUAAGCCAGCGUUGAGAUAUGCAGCUGUAAGGACCCUGAAUAAAGUGGCAAUGAGACACCCUUCUGCGGUCACUGCCUGCAAUCUGGAUCUGGAGAACUUGAUCACAGACGCCAACAGAAGCAUUGCCACCCUGGCCAUCACCACGCUGCUCAAGACGGGCAGUGAGGGCAGUGUGGACAGGCUCAUGAAGCAGAUUUCCUCUUUUGUAUCUGAAAUCUCAGAUGAAUUCAAGGUGGUGGUCGUGCAGGCGGUCAGCGCACUCUGUCAGAAGUACCCGCGGAAGCACGGCGUCAUGAUGACCUUCCUCUCCAGCAUGCUCCGAGACGACGGAGGCUUUGAAUACAAGCGGGCCAUCGUGGACUGCAUCGUCAGCAUUGUGGGAGAGAACCCGGAGAGCAGGGAAGCGGGGCUGGCUCACCUCUGCGAGUUCAUCGAGGACUGUGAGCACACUGUGCUGGCGACACAGAUUCUGCACUUACUGGGCAAGGAGGGUCCCAGAAGCCCCGUGCCCUCCAAGUAUAUUCGCUUUAUCUUUAAUAGAGUUGUCUUGGAGAAUGAGGCUGUCAGAGCAGCGGCAGUCAGCGCUCUGGCCAAAUUUGGAGCUCAGAAUGAGAACCUCCUUCCGAGCAUCCUCGUGCUCUUACAGAGGUGUAUGAUGGAUACUGAUGAUGAAGUCCGGGACAGAGCCACCUUCUAUCUGAAUGUGCUGCAGCAGAAGCAGAUGGCCCUGAAUGCCACGUACAUUUCCAGUGGUUUGACAGUGUCUGUACCAGGGAUGGAAAAAGCUUUACAGCAGUACACACUGGAACCUUCAGAGAAGCCCUUUGAUAUGACGUCCAUCCCUCUUGCUGUGGCUCCUGUCUUCGAACAGAAGGCAGAAAUCACACUUGUGGCUGCUAAGCCAGAGAAGUUGGCUCCUUCCAGGCAAGACAUUUUCCAAGAACAGUUGGCUGCCAUCCCUGAGUUUAUGAAUCUAGGACCCUUGUUCAAGUCCUGUGACCCUGUUCAGCUUACGGAAGCAGAGACCGAGUAUUUUGUCCGGUGCAUCAAGCACAUCUUCCCCAGUCACAUUGUGUUCCAGUUUGACUGCACAAAUACUCUCAAUGACCAGCUGCUGGAGAAGGUGACAGUCCAGAUGGAGCCGUCUGAUUCUUGCGAGGUGCUGUGUUGUAUCCCAGCCUCCAGCCUCACUUACAACCAUCCAGGAAUAUGUUACACUCUUGUGCGCUUGCCUGAGGAUGAUCCUACAGCAGUUGCAGGCACCUUCAGCUGUACCAUGAAGUUUACGGUCCGGGACUGCGACCCUAACACGGGCCUUCCUGAUGAGGAUGGGUACGAUGAUGAGUAUGUGCUAGAAGAUCUUGAAGUGACUGUGUCUGACCAUAUCCAGAAGGUUCUACAGCCUAACUUCGCUGCUGCCUGGGAAGAAGUGGGAGAUACGUUUGAGAAAGAGGAGACCUUUGUCCUCAGUUCCACCAAGACCCUUGAAGAAGCUGUCCACAAUAUCAUCACAUUCCUGGGCAUGCAGCCAUGUGAGCGGUCGGAUAAAGUACCAGAGAACAGAAAUUCCCAUUCGCUCUAUCUGGCAGGGGUAUUCAGAGGUGGCUGGGCUCUGCUGGUGCGGUCCAGGCUGGCCUUAGCACAUGGAGUGACCAUGCAGGUGACGGUCCGAAGCCAAGAAAGAACACCUGUAGAUGUUAUCCUGGCUUCUGUUGGCUGAGUCCUCACUGGGAAACACGGAGUUCAUGGACACUGCACCGUAAGUGCACUCUAGGCUAGUGGCAUGAAUUCCCCAGAAUCAAAUUUUUAAAGAUUAAUAACUUUGGAGAAGCAAAAUAAACACUGAGCCCUGAGCCAGCAGAUCAAGCAGA